AUGGGAGGUAUCGAAGACCUCAAGGAGAUUACCGUCACCGAAACUCUUAAAGUCGCCCUACCAGACCGAUUCACAGGCAACCGACAAGAGCUAGAAACCUUCUUGCUCCAACUUGAGAUCUACUUCCAAUUCAAUCAAGAUAAGUUCAACCAUGACGCCGACAAAAGCGUCUGGGCUGCCUCCUACCUCAGAGGAGAAGCCGUCAAGUGGAUCCAAUCAUAUCUCAAGGAUUACUUCACCAACUUAAGCGAGCCUAAGAAGCGAAUGUACCCAACUCAAACCAUCUUUGGGAGAUUCGAAGGUUUUAAGAAAGAAAUACGAAAAGUAUUCGGGAACAUAAAUGAAUUAUGUAACGCUGAGUCCAAGAUCUAUAGCCUCAAGCAAACAAGAUCAGCAGUUAAGUACGCUGUGGAACUCAGGAGAUCAUCAGGAGGAGGUUAUCACAAGAAAUUCGGCAAAGGUCAACUCAAUGCUACAUUUGUACCCCAACUAUGCGCUUCAAAUCCAAUCGAAGACGAUAGUUACGAAUAUGAAGAACGUCAAAAGGAAAUUGACGCAAUGCUACGAGACCAGGAAGGGUUGAACGCCAUAGACCGAUACGAGUUGGAGCGUCUCCGAACCCCUUCACCUCCCCUUAUCAAGGAAGACCCGAAAGAAAUACCGUCGGUAGAACACGCGACGAUGAGCUGGAUAGUUUGCUACGAUGAAUCCUGCAGAGUUCACCUAUCAGAUAAGGAAGCCACAGGAUGGUUUCCCCAAAGAAAAGCAAAAGGACCCUACAAGAAGGGAAGGUCAGAAAAAAUAUCGUCACAUGGUCAUUUAAAUGGUCAAGGACAGUUAAAUAUCGCAGGACAGGCAGGACAGAUUUACUGCAAUGCGAAGAUAAAUGGACGAGUAAUCCGGGCCAUGAUUGACUCAGGAGCUACGGGAAAUUUUAUUGCACCAAAAACGGCGAAGUACUUGGGAGUGCAACUCCAGACGAAACAAACCCCAUAUCAAUUGCAGCUGGUUGAUGGACAACUAGCCGGAUUGGACGGAAAGAUUUCACAGGAAACACGCUCAGUACAGAUGAUCAUAGAUCAACACAAGGAGAUCAUCCAGUUCGACGUCGUCCCAUUAGGAAAUCAAUCAAUCAUCCUAGGGAUUCCAUGGUUAAAAGCACACAACCCCCAGAUUGACUGGUUGUGGGAAACUGUAACAUUUUCAAACAAGAGCGAUCAACGAGAUACGCUAGAGCCUGCGAGGCUGAACACACGCGGUGGAGAACUGAAGGCGAACAGCACCACUAACGUAGGACACCCAGUCCAGGGUUCUCCAUUAACGGCGAAGGAAGGUGAACCUCCCAUACAAAUGAAGAAUAAGCAGAAGAAGCUGCUUGAAACCACCCCUGUAGAGAAACAGGACGAGACGCCAAUACCGGUACAGUACCAGAAGUACAAGAAACUAUUCGAAGAAAGAAAAGGCCAUGACGCUUUACCAGAACAUAAGCCAUGGGAUCACGAGAUAGUAUUGGAGGAAGGCAAGAUGCCUCCAUUUGGACCAAUCUAUCCAAUGUCAGCCUCUGAUCUAGGGACGCUUAGGGAUUACAUUGGCGACGCACUAGAAAAGGGAUGGAUCAGAGAAUCCACCUCACAGGCAGCUAGCCCUGUGUUAUUUAUACCAAAGAAGGAUGGUACUAGGAGACUUUGCGUAGACUACCGCAAGCUCAAUGAUAUAACGAUCAAAGAUCGGUAUCUACUUCCAUUAGCUACGGAAUUGAGGGAUCGAUUGGUAAAAGCCAAGAUUUUCUCCAAGUUUGAUCUACGAAACGGAUUUCACCUCAUCAGAAUGAAGGAAGGUGAAGAAUGGAAAACAGUAUUCAGGACUCGAUACGGAUUAUACAAGUAUCAGGUUAUGCCAUUUGGAUUGACAAACGCACCAGCAAUAUGUAUGCGUUUGGUCAACAACGUUUUACGGAAAUAUCUAGAUAUCUGCUGUAUAUGCUAUCUAGACGAUAUCUUAGUGUUCUCAGAAACAGAGGAACAACACAUCAAGGACAUCCACAAGGUCCUACAACACUUGGAGGAAGCCGACCUCCAAUGCAAACCUAGCAAGUCACAAGCAGCUUUUGAAUGUCUCAAGGAAGCAUUCGCGGGAGAACCAGUUCUCAAGGCAUUUGACCCGGAAUUACCAAUAAUCGUGAAAACAGACUCCUCAGACUACGCAAUAGGAGCAGUAUUGAGCCAACCCGGCUCGAAUGAGAAAUAA